UCCUUGUUUACAUCGAACACAAGUAUUUUUAUGUUAACAAUACAGAAGUACAGUCUAGGCCAACAGGUGUGAUAAUCAAAUAAAUCAAGAGAUGCCCGAGGAUUCAGAGAUGCGACCGAUCUCCAUUUGGUGGCGGUUUUACGUUUACGCCAUCCACGGUUACGUCACAGAGAUUAUGUUUACUGCCCUAUGGGAAUUCGUGGUCAAUUUGAACUGGAAGUUCCCGGGAAAUACCAGUGUCUGGGUGCUUUUGAUUUACGGCCUGUCUGGCCUGGUGUUAGAACAGAUGUACUUUCGGUUGAGAGGUCGAGUUCCACUGCUUGUUCGCAUUCUUAUCUAUACCAUUUGGACUUAUCUUUGGGAGUUUUCCACGGGAUUUGUCCUUAAGCAAUUUGGUGCUUGCCCAUGGGACUACACACCGUUUCAUGGUGAUUUCAUGGGCAUUAUAACAUUGGAAUAUGCUCCACUGUGGUUUUUGGGAAACAUAAUAGCAGAGUUAAUAGUGAUGAAGUACACAUUGUGUCUAUACUGGGGACCAGAGUUAAAUUGUCUACAAUCGCCCAAUGUACCGUCCAAUAUACGAAAGAACAAAUGAUAGUUAACGUUAUUAUAUUGUGUUCAGUAUAUUUCAGUUGUGUAUUUAUAUGAUACUCCUUUGUACAUUUAUGUAGGAUUUUUUUUAUUCAAUGACAAAUUUUGAUUGUUCUUGUUUAAGUAUUUUGUCUAUCUUAACAUUCCAGUAUUUCGCCGUUUAUACAUUUCAUUUUUUGUUUUGUUUUGUUUGUUUUUGAGAGCAGAAACAAAAGUUUUACUUAUAAAGUUCUUAUAUCAAA